AUGAAUAGCCCGCCUGUUGGCUGUCUCUUUGUAACCCCAGACGUAUCUGCUGCUCAUCAGCCUGGAGCCCAGGAUAUCUUGAGAGAUCAAGACGUACUCGAAAUCUUUCGACUCAUAAAGCAAAUAUUACGCCACGACGCCGACCCUGAACGACUUGCCAGACUACUCUUUUGCGUCUUUUAUGCCCUCGGGGACAGUGUUCAAUUCAGUAAACCUGCCCAUGAGAACAUGGUUCUAUUCAGAGCUUACACUGGGCGUUCGUUGUUGGUUCACGCUGUACAAUUGCCAAAAUAUAGUUCGUGCUGCCCCUCCGAAACACCAACCUGGGAAUUUUCCAGGGACUUAUUCCCUGAGAAUAGUUGGACGGUUACGACCACAACUCGUAUUCGAGAUCUACGUGCGGUUUGCACCUCUCCGGUCGAAACAUGUAUGGAGCCUCAAGAGCGAGGAUUUUAUUAUCAAGACGGGCGGAUCCAGCGUGAGCCAACGUUAUUGCAACGCUAUGCUGAGCAAGGUCUUCUCACCCAAGCAUCAAUUACACGUAAACGUCGUAAGCCCAGUAUAGCAUCUUUUGACAGCUUACAGCUAUCAGUGGUACGUAAAAAGACAAAAAUCCCCCAUCGGCACGGCGAAUUCGAACAAAGAAGAGACACUAUAGUACUGAGACUUCAGACAGUCUCUUUGCUCGAGCUAGAAGAAAAGGCGGUUUCUUUACCAAGUGAUAUUAGUCUUGCGGUUGAUACUGUCCCCUUUAAUGAUCUCGGACCUGCUCUUCAAGUCCUGGUCGACCACGCCAACCAAAAACCACACCUCGACAAUGGAAUGAACCAAUACGGAAUAUAUUACAACAUUGAUUACUACAAGUUGUAUGUGGCUUUUGAACAGUUCCAGCAGGUUUUCGCGGCCUUGUAUCCAGAUCAAGUCGUCGCUAGUCGCCUACCAAACCCCGACAGAAUUCCCAACGAUCGUGAGCGCAGUGCGAACAUGAAAGCUUACCGCCCCUGGAUCGAACCAUUAUUAUCUGAAGAAUCAAACUGGGCUGCCUUUCGACGUAACAUCAUUGUAGGCGAACGUAUGGUCCAAUUGGCUCGCCUGGUUGGACAAGGAGUACUAUUGAUGACAAAAGAGAUAAGCGGGUCUAAACUACAUCUCACGUUCACAAAUAAAGAGUGGGCCAGUUUCUUGGACGAAAUGCAGUCGGGAAAAUGGGGUACACCUGAAACCGCCGGAGCUGACUGGCUCCUGUCAGUUCAGCAGAAAUUAGCGACACGAUAUUGGUUUUCUCCUAUUGGAAACCCAAUCACCCCCACAGAACGUAAAGCUCUGUUUGGCUUAUAGCAUUCAAGUCUUUCCGGUUAAUUGGUAAAUUGGAUAACGAAUAAAG